CGAACUCUCUUUUAUAAUUGGUACUAUCAAGAAAGUUCUAUUAUUCAAUUUCCACUUAGAUUACAGGAUAUUUAUCCACCUGAACAUAACUUUGAUAAAAAAGAACUACAAGCAUGGCAAGCAAUAUUUAUUGCUUGUGGGUAUAUAAAUGUAAUACCCAUUUCAAAAAAAGAAUUAUCUAUAGAAUUUUUGAGCAAAGCAUUAAAUCCUAUUGCUGACAAAGAAUUAUUAAAAAAUUUUUAUGAAAAUAAUAUCAUACAGUUAGAUAAAAAUAUUUCAACACCUAUACUAGUUCAACAACCAAAUCCACAAGAUGAAAUAUUUUAG